UCUCGUGUGUUGCUCGCGUGGGUGCUUCGGAUUUCUUACUGGAUUAUUUUGACACACCAAGUUGGUCAAUGUUGUCAAAGUCGUCAGUGUGGUCUGAACAAUGAUUUAGCUCAAAGACAGGAGCUGAAGAUGGAUGCCUCAGAGUUCAGAAAGCGGGGGCGGGAGAUGGUGGACUACAUAGCAGACUACAUGGUCAACAUACGGUCAAGGCCAGUCACACCGGAAGUGGAGCCUGGCUACAUCAGGACACUACUUCCUGCCGCAGCACCCAAGAAGGGGGAGGAGUGGGAGACCAUCAUGGCGGACCUGGAGAGAGCUGUCAUGCCUGGGAUCACACACUGGCAGCACCCAAACUUCCACGCCUACUUCGCUUCCGGUAAUUCCUUCCCGUCGAUCCUUGCGGACAUGUUGUCUGACGUCAUUGGCUGCAUCGGCUUCUCGUGGGCUGCAAGUCCCGCCUGUGUGGAGCUCGAGACUCUCAUGCUAGACUGGAUCGGUCAAAUGAUUGGCCUGCCUAACCGGUUCCUUCACACGAGCGGGCAGGGAGGGGGCGUUAUACAGGGUUCAGCCAGUGAGUGUGUGUUGGUGGCGCUGCUGUCUGCCCGACAUAAGAGCAUCAAGAGCCUCAAGCUCAAGCAGCCGUACAUAGAGGACGGUCAACUGCUCUCAAAGCUGGUCGGCUACUGCUCCAAGCUGGCUCACUCAUGCGUGGAGAAGGCUGGCAUGAUCGGGUUUGUCAAGAUGCGACACCUGGAUGUGGACGAGAAGUUCUCACUGCGAGGUCACGUGUUGGAGGACGCCAUCGAGGAGGAUAAAAAGCUCGGGCUGAUUCCAUUUUUUGUGUGUGCGACCCUGGGUACCACGGCCUGCUGUUCCUUCGACAACCUGCAGGAGCUGGGGGACGUCUGCACCAGACACGGCGUCUACCUGCACGUCGACGCUGCUUAUGCCGGCAAUGCUCUCAUCUGUCCAGAGUUUCAGUUCCUUAUUGAAGGGGUCGAGAAUGUGGACUCGUUUGGCUUCAAUACAAACAAAUGGCUACAGGUCAACUUCGACUGUUCGCUCAUGUGGGUAAAGAGCGUCGAGACACUGACCACGGCCUUGACCGUUGACCCACUUUAUCUACAGCACAGACACGGCGACAAGGCCAUUGACCUGAGGCAUUGGGGGAUCCCGCUGAGUCGCAGAUUUCGAGCCCUCAAACUUUGGUUCGUCAUCAGGACUUACGGGCUGGAGGGGCUGCAGAAACGGAUCAGGGAGCAUUGUCGCUUGGCCAAAGAGUUUGAGGAGAAAAUUUUAUCCGACAACAGAUUUGUGCUACUGGGUGACGUCACUAUGGGUCUUGUUUGCUUCAGACUCCGGGGCCCAAACACACUGACCCAAAGACUCCUGAAGACAAUAAAUGACAGCGGGAAACUCCACAUGGUGCCUGCAUUGCUGAAUGAGCAUUACAUCAUCAGGUUUGCCCUCUGUACUGAGUACGCCUGUGAUGACGACAUCACUUACGCCUGGCACGUGAUCACCUCCACAGUGGACGAGCUGCUGCACGAGAGGCAGAGGUGUGACAGCAACAAGGAGGAGGGCAAUCUGUGUGACCUUGACAUAGAAUCUGAUGAAAAUACAUUUGCAGCAUUUGAGGAUGAAAUUAUUUUUGACAACCAACGAGAUCACCUUCAGAGGGCACAGGUUAUGAGAAGUCUGUUUUUCAAAAUGGUGUCCGACCCAAAAUGUUACAACCCGCGUGUUCUGAGGUCACUCAGCAGACCGGUGUCGACCCACGUCAACAGACCCGUGUCGACCCAUGUCAACAGCCGAGAUGAGGACAGCUUAGACGAGCCGUGUAAGGAAGACAGGCCCCACCCCCAGACCUUCUCCCAGUUUCUACACUGUGACCUAGGCUACCCACCGGCUGACCCCCACACCAACAGGCCACACAAGAAGGAGAGCCCACACAACAUCCCUCACAACAAAGUCGAAGAGAAUCUGAUGAGCUUCAAAAACCUUCUGGAUCAACCAAAAUGUCGUCAAAUUCUUUCUGAUGAUGGCCAAAGAAAAAUCACUAAACACCUGCGGAAGGUUGAUGAGCUUUUGUCUAUCAAUAAAAAUGAUAAUGAGCUGGACAAAAUGAAGAAAGAAAAGGAGCACGAAGAUGAUGAAGAACGAGAUAAGGAUGAAAGCCUAACCCUAAGCCCACAAGUUAGUUCAAUACAAAUGUAGGGAUGAGAACAGCUGAGCACUUAGCUCUGUCUCUUUACUUUCUAUUUGUUUGUUUGUUUGUUUGUUUGGUUGGUUGGUUGGUUUAGUUUGUAGUAGAGUCAACAAACCUUACUUUGUUGUUAUAAAAUGUUAUAUUUAAGAUAUUUGAAUUGAAAUUAUUUACUUCCUUUUCUUUAUUAUAUUGUUUUCUUUUGGGGUUUUUUUAAAUUGAUAGCAAAGUCCUUUUUACUCAUCACAGAGGAUAGAAAAACUAAAUUUAAAAACAAAAUCAUAUUUAGACUAACUAGAUGUAAACACACUUUGAUAAAAUUGUUGCCAUAUGUUGCUGAAAUAUUUUGACCUUUAAUCCAAACAACUGUGUAUCUAAGUACUAUAGAAAAAAAUA